AUGUCCACUGCCGUCUUACAGCGCAAUGGCAACGGGUUGCCACGCGCGCGCGCUGUGAAAAAGGCCGAGGAGGGUGUUGUGACACCUACUUUAGAUAGAAUCGCAUCUGUUGAUUCAAGUGGUCGCUCAACCCCCAUCGCCGAUGAUGCGCCCCCCUCAGUACAUUCGAUAUCUACCGCCAGAAAACAGGCGCGAGCUCGGACUCGCUUGUUCUACACCAUCAAUUAUACUCCUCGCGUAUCGCAUUUCGACCCCAGAAGCGACCAUCACAAUUUCCGCGGCUUCUUCACCCUGUUCUGGAUUGCGCUGUUUAUCAUGGUGGUCACGACUGUGCUCCGGAAUAUCAAGGAUACUGGUUCCCCAUUGAGAGUGAGGAUGUGGGGUCUGCUGUCGGCGAACGUGUGGGAAUUGGGCCUCAGCGACCUCGCGAUGGUUGUCAGCAGUGGGCUCGUCGUGCCGCUACAUCAUCUGUUUAGGAGCAACGGUUUGCUGCGGUGGGGGCGCGCUGGUAUGAUUGUGCAGAGUCUCUUCGAAGCAACAUGGCUUGUGCUGUGGAUCAACUGGCCUUUUAUGAUGCGCUGGACCUGGACAGCCCAAGUUUUCUUGACUCUACAUACCCUUGUCUUUCUCAUGAAGAUGCAUUCAUAUGCGUUCUACAAUGGACAUCUGAGCGAAACGGAGCGUCGACUGGCUUCACUAGAUAAACCUGGCUCGGUUUCACUCGAUGCAGCGGUCCGAUACCCAGACCCGGAACCUCGCGGACACCCGACACACCCGCAUAGCGGCCGUACACGAUCUAAAUCGGUCACCGAAUUGCGCGAGGAUCUGGCGUCUGAAUUAACUUCACCCCUGGGACGCGUGACCUAUCCACAGAACCUCUCCCUCACCAACUACCUCGACUACAUCUUCUGCCCGACGCUCUGCUAUGAGCUGGAAUACCCUCGGAACAAGAACAGACAAUGGACUGAGUUGGCCGCCAAAGCUCUGGCGGUCUUCGGCUGCAUCUUCCUCCUAACCCUGACGAGCGAGGAAUUUAUCGUGCCUGUCCUGAGCGAGGCCAGUGCCGAACUACACCUGGUACACGGCGCCUCCGAAAAGGCAUUGAUCCUGGCCGAGACCAUCAGCAUGCUCCUGUUCCCAUUCAUGAUCACAUUCCUGUUAGUCUUUCUGGUCAUCUUCGAGUACGUGCUCGGCGCAUUCGCAGAGAUCACCUGCUUCGCCGACCGCCAGUUCUACUCGGACUGGUGGAACUCCUCUGACUGGCUCGAAUUCUCCCGCGAAUGGAACAUCCCCGUUCACCACUUCCUCCGCCGCCACGUCUACUUCCCUUCGCUGUCAUACUUCUCCCAGCCCGUAGCCAUGUUCAUCACGUUCCUCGUGAGCUCCGUCUUCCACGAGCUCGUCAUGGGCUGCAUCACCAAGAAGUUGCGCGGCUACGGCUUCCUAGCCAUGAUGCUCCAGAUGCCCAUCGUGGCCGUCCAGCGGUCGCGAUUCCUGCGGGGGAAGAGGACUCUUAACGUGCGUCUCCUGUUCUUCUCGAUUAUGGACUCGGCUUGCUAA